CUACAUCUAGCCCCUCCCCUCUCAUCUCCUCUCUGCGGCUCACACUAGCAGCUCAUACAAACACACACGACACGCGCGACGGGCGGAAAAAGCAACUUCUGCUCGCCUCUUUAAAAAGCCGACACUGUCUUCAGCGAAGAAGGUGUCAGUCAGGGCACGGUCACCUUUCGUCCUGCUGUAUGCGGCUCACUCGUGCGCCCCCCGUGACAUGAAAACACUCGGCACGCGCCGUCGCAUUCACCUGGCAUCCACGGGCGGCCGCGAUGGUUAAAUGUCCUGUUUAAUGGUCGAGAGGUGUGGAGCAGUCGCAUUUAAAAGGUCGGAGCAGAAUGCCAUACAAGUUCGCAUGCUGGCCGAUGGCAGACUGAACACUGGUCAUGCUGGUGUGUUGCUGGUUGAGAGACGAGGCUCCUACCCGCUGAUUGACCUGCGAAUCCUCAAAACCAGUGCCCAGCAGGGGGAGGUAGAGUCUGGCACAAGGAGAAAGGUGAGGCGUCUGCUGAGUUUUCAGAGAUACUGCCACGCCUCCAGGCUGCUCAGGGGGUUGGUGCCCCACACCCCGGGGUCACUGCACCUACUGGACGACGACUACUUGGGACAAGCUGCGCACAUGCUAUCAAAAGUAGGCACCUGGAACUUUGACAUUUUCCUCUUCGAUCGUCUUACUAAUGGUAACAGCCUGGUGACUCUGAUGUGCCAUCUCUUCAAUGUCUACGGUCUCAUUCACCACUUCCAGCUGGACAUGGUCAAACUGCACAGGUUUCUCGGCAUGGUGCAAGAAGACUACCACUCCCAGAAUCCCUAUCACAAUGCUGUUCACGCUGCGGAUGUCACUCAAGCCAUGUACUGCUAUCUGAAGGAGCCCAAGCUGGCAGAGCAGCUGAGUCCUCUGGACGUGUUCCUGGGUCUGAUGGCAGCAGCCGCCCACGAUGUGGACCAUCCUGGGGUCAAUCAGCCCUUCCUCAUCAAGACCAGACACCACCUGGCAUCCCUCUACCAGAACACGUCUGUGCUGGAGAGCCACCACUGGAGAUCCACUGUGGGCAUGCUGCGAGAGUCAGGGCUGCUGUCCCACCUGCCUGCGGACAUUUCGCAGGACAUGGAACAGCAGCUGGGCUCUCUCAUCCUGGCUACAGACAUCAGCAGGCAGAAUGAGUUCCUGUUGACAUUCAGAGAACAUCUGGACAACCAGGACUUGGACCUCCAGCUGGCUUCACACAGGCACUUUAUACUGCAGAUUGCUCUGAAGUGUGCAGACGUCUGUAAUCCGUGUCGGGUUUGGGAGCUGAGCCGACAGUGGAGUGAGAGGGUGUGUGAGGAAUUCUACAGGCAGGGUGACCUGGAGAGGAAGUUUGACUUGGAGAUUAGUCCUCUGUGUAACCAGCAGGCUGACUCUGUCCCAGCCAUUCAGAUAGGAUUUAUCUCCUACAUCGUGGAGCCUCUGUUUGAGGAGUGGCACCGCUUCACCGAGCCCAGCCCACUCAGCCAGACCAUGAUGGGCCACCUGCACAAGAACAAGGCCCACUGGAGCCGCCUGCGAUACGCACACACACCUUCAGACACAGAGACGCACUCCCACGCUGACGAGCCUGAGCCCGAAGGAGGUGGAGGAGAAGAAGAGGGGGAAGACAUCCCGUAAUCUUCCUCCGCGUGUCUUCUGUUUUAUCUUCCUUUGUGAACGGAGGAGAGGAUCCAGCUCCUUGUUUGUCCUCCAGCAUAUUUUCUCCCACUGCUGGUCGAUCAGAAGCUCUGAGAGUGGGAGCACUGGGCGGGAUGGAGAGAGGGCUUCCUCUGCUGGAGCGGAGGACCAAAGUCCUGCAAGGGAAAAAAUAAAAGAAGGAGAAAGAUUCGAGGUUGGGGCAGAUGGAUGGAUCUUAGUAAAUAAAUGCCAAUUUGACAAAGUCAUGCCUUUCUCUGUAACCCCGUGACAUCUGCUUCAACAUAACUGAGAUAAAGCAGGAAUUGAAUUUUAAAGGUUGUUGCAGGAGAAAGGUCGAUGAAGACAGUAUUAAAGUGUUUGCACAAUGCUGCUUGAACAAUAAAGAAAUUUAAAAAGCCAAAAUUAUAUACAGUGGGACUGUGCAGGAAGAGAUGACGUAAAAAUAUAUCUAUAUAUAUAUAUAAAAGAAAAAGAGGAAUAUAUGAAUAUACCAACUAUAUUACACUUUUUAAACUUUUAGACAAUACACGCUGUAUUAUGCUCUUUUCACUUUUUUUCUCUUUUGUACAGCUCGCACUUCUUCUGGAUGCUCUUUCAUACAAGUGUCUCACUUGUCUACUUUUCACUGAGGUGUGUUUUUAACUCCAGCACUAAGUCGAGUACUUUAAAAUGUACAAUGUAAUCUGUGUUUAAGAUGGACUGAGCCGGCCGAUGCGGUUAAAGACUGAUGCGGAGUUGCCUCAGACGGAUGUUUUAAAGAAGUGUUUGUGUUCAUGUGUUACAAGCAGUAUAAUCUGUACAUACUGUGACGUUCGACCUCAGCACUUCACAUGCCAAAAUCUCUGCAGUGUAUCGACCUUUUUACUGGAUAUUGGGGAAACGCAACUCUUACACUGGUGUUGCCUUUGUAACAACUUAAUGGGUGCAUUUAUCUAUCGGAGAACCUCACUUUACAAGCUCAUACUACAACAAAGCCUUAACAGCAACACAUUUUGUACUGGAGCUCAUCAUUACCUUGGACAUGGUUUUCGUACAGUCUCUGCCUGUUUAGUUUUUCUCUUCAGCCAUAGCAUUGUGCUGAAACACACUCACGUUGUCGUAGCAGCUUGUUUCCUGUUUCAUCUUUCACCCAGUAUCAGGGUCAGAUUGGGUUAAUACACCCAUUCAGCAUUGCCACGGUGCCAAUGUACUGUUCUGACACAUCGACUCGCUCCUCCGUUACCUCUGUAAGGCGUUUGUACUGACUUUCUUUUUACACGUGAACUUGGGUCAAACUGUAAUUGCAAAUACCUUUUUUAAAUCUAAUAUCUGAUUCAGGAUAUCGUGCAGUCAAUAUCAAGACAAUUGAGAUGCCUGUUACAGGAAAUAUUCAAAAUAUACAGAAUUCAUCGUCUAAGAUUGUAAUUUUAUAUCCAUAAUCUCAGUCAUGACAUGGAUCCACAUGCUAAUUUGAGCAUACUAAGUAUUUCCAAAUACUUUUUGGUCCAAGUGUAAACUGUACCAAUGUUUUUUUUGUUUGUUUUUUUUUGUUUAAAUUUUUUUUUAACCACUCUGCUUUGAAUAUGUAAAGCUAAGGCCGUCACAUUUAAGAUUUAAGUUGAUGCUGUGUACACGGUGCUAACAGAGGCCCCACGUCUUCCCUGAGCUAUAGAGGAACAACCUGAGCUUUAUGAUUCUAACAACCCAGCUGACACACAGUGUUCUACGUACAGCGUAUUUAGAUUACGGAUUAGAUUAGUUCAGAAAAUCUGUUAAAAGAAAUACACACACACACACAUUAGUUUAUUAACCUGAUAGAAGCCUCCUCUCUGAGGUGCAGUGCAAUGAAGCUAAUAAAUAUCUAUCUAUAGCUCUAAGCAGAUUAUUCAGACGCCUUCACUAUAGCACUCAUUAGCUUCGCUGAAAAACCCACUAUGUCGUCUGCAUUUAUUCUCUGUAAGUCACACAUCGCUGCCGUCGAGACCGGGGGCCUCGGGCCGCCGCUCAAUACCUCUCAGAGUCAGCACUGAAACAGGGUCACUGAGCCAUACUGGUUUCACUAUAAAGUACAAGUAUUUUGUAUGUUUUUUAAGACAGAGUGAUUAUUAUACCAGACUCAAUACAAUUAUCUUACUUAUUAAAAAGAAGUUGAACUUUUACUCGUGUCCAGGUGGUUUUAGACGGUAUAUCCUGUCCAUUGGUAUUUAUAACAAGGCUGGACACAAAAGAAUCAAAAUUAAAACAUAAAUACCAACAUGUCUGUAAACUUUGAAACGUCUUUAUUAAUUUGCACAGGAGUGUUUUUUGUUUUUGUUGUUCACCCCCUGAAAGGAUCCUGCAUGUGGUCUCUUCUUGGUUUUAAAUGCAGAACUCAAGCGAGUCAGACCAACAUGAAAACAAUCUUACCACGAGGUCCAUUCAGUUCUAGAGCUUUAAGUCAUGAUCUUCAUCACGGGUCAUAUAUGUUCACAUUUUCCAUUUUCUCUGAGUACCCGGAGCUCAUCUUGACCACGUUAGCUGAAGUGCAGCGUUAAUUCUUGAGUUGAGAAGUUUAUGUCGCUAAAGGUCUAUUAGUAGCUGCGUUUCCUCUUCUUAUUAAUGCUACUGUAAGCAGGAGAUAGCCACAGUACACAUUAGCUACCUUACUGAGCAACUCCACUAAGUUUACACAGUGUGUUUACAGGUCUUGGGAAGAACUACUACAUUGGUGAAAUUGGAUAAGUUGCCUCCAGUGAUGUCACUCAAUUGCCAGGCUGCAUUGUGGGUAAUGCCGCCCCGAUGUUUAACAUUAUAAGCGUUGGACUCAUUAUGGAUAGUUUGAAAUCAAAUCGAUACAGCAGAACUGGAGACGCCCCCCUCCUCUAUGCCACACAUUCUUCUUCCCUUUUCUCUAUCUGGUGCCUACGUUACCCACAAUGCAGCCAAGCCACUGGCUGACAUCACAGGAGGCAGUUUAUGAGAUGACAUGCAGCUUCGUUUGGAGCCACAACAGGCUUUACACUGUUUUCUUCACAUAUGCACUAGUACUUCCCAUUUACCCAUUAAAGGUUCACUAUGUAGUUUUGACUGACCUUCAAGGACGACACAGCUACACACUGUUUUACUUUGUUUAUAUGUGGCGGACCCUGCCACUUUUCUAGCUUCAUAUAGUGAUCUGGGGACCUUAUUUUCCCUCCGAGAACAGCCUGUGUAUUCACUUAUUCACUGAGUUUGUAUUAUUACCUCGUUGAUAUUGUAGAUAUUAAAAUUCUGAGUUUGGAUUUCUUCUCCAAAACUACACAGUGCCCCUUUAAGGCACCGACAUCUUUGUAGUUAUCAGACAAAGCCUAUGAUUUCCAAAAUUCAUACUUGUUCUGGUAUAAGUAGCCCUGCCUAAGAGUGCACCUGAGCUAACAGAGAUGUUUGCACUUAUGUCCUACAAAGACACGACUCGACAGUGAAUCUGAAUUUGUAUUUUGGUGUUUGGACGGGUCAUCAGACUUCUUGACUGUACAUUUCUGUUCUGACAACCAACCUCUGAGCACUGUGAACAGUAAAAUCAAUGUUUUGUUUUUUUAAUUAAAUAUCAAAUGCCUCAGAUA